AAGCCGUGAAUUGGGUUGUUUGCUUCUCACGUCCAGGAUGUCCCGGCAGCAACAUACCUCGUCUGAUGAACGCCUUCUGUUAAUUUCUCUUUUUAAGGAGAAGGCAUCAGUUCUACUAAGUAAGAAGACAGAGGGAAAAAAGGCACUUUCGAAAGCCAAGGCAUGGGAGGACAUCACCAGUGCCUUGAAUGCUGCGGCUCUGGGUCCUCCCAGGAGCGUCAAGCAAACGAAAAAGCUCUGGGAAAAUAUGAAAGGCAGAGCUAAGAAACUGUAUAGAAAUGAGAGUAACAGGACUGAUGGAAGUGGCCCUCCUCAUUAUUGUGAUAUGAUAUCUGCCAAGGUCAUUGACAUCAUUAUUAAAGACCUAAACAGUGACACCAAUAGCAAAGACUUAAAGAAUGAAUCAACAUGUGGAAUGGAUGACAAUGAAACUGGCUGUAGUGGAGUUAGCCAGCUUGAAAUAUGUUGUGUCAGGGAGGAGGGCCAGGAGAGCUUCAUGGACGUAAAUGCUGAAGACGAGGGAACUCUUGGAUCAGACUAUACUGCCGACACUGAUGUAAAUAAAACUGUAGGACACUUAUCUCCAGCCGACAGUGACUCGCUUGAUUUAGGUGAUUCCAGAAUAUCAUCUAUACCUAACAUGCAAGAUCCACUUUAUCUGCCACCCUCUGAGUUAGGAGACAAGAAGCCGACAUUUUCUGACUGUCAAGUGUCAGAUAUUGAUGAGAACGUUUCAACUGCUGCCGACCAGUUAUCCAUCGGCAUUGAAGGGCCAAAAAUGGAUUGUGGCUUAUCAACAGAGGCCACCACAUCACGUGCUGCUACUCCAUUGCGGAAGCGGCUCAAAUUCUCUGAAGGAGAAUGGUACAAUACAUCAGCUGCUCGUAAAAACAAAGAACAUGAAAUUAUUAUGAAUGUUCAGAAAGCCAAACUACAAGCUCAGGAAGCAAAACUUAAACAUUUAGAUAAGCAGGAACUCAUUGACGCUGAAAAGCUGAAACAAAUGCAAAUGCAAUCUCUCCUUAAUGCGCACUUGCUGGAAUCAGUAACCCAGUGGAAGGAGGUUGCAGUAUCUGUACAAGAAACAGUGGAGAAACUGAAGAACUUUUAUCAAGGGGGAGAAACUUCUAUGGCAGAUAAAAACUUUAGUAAAGGAACUCCCGUGACUAAGAAGUCUGGGGAUGGAAGUGUGCAUUUGAAACCAAAGGAGAGCUCGUCCUCAGUCCUGGAGUGUCUGUAUGAAGAUUCGGCAUUUGCGGAUGUGACCUUAACAGCACAGGGUCAGUCAGUGAGGGCACAUAGGGCAGUACUGUCAGCAAAGAGUCUGUAUUUCAGAGAAGUUUUACAAGCCAGCCCAUACCAACACCCAAUUAUUAUCAUGCCUCUUGAUGUACAAUUCAGGGAUCUUCAGGCAAUCAUUAGCUACAUAUACAAAGGUGAAAUAACUUUGCCCUCAGAGAAUCUGAAAUCCCUUCUGAAGACUGCUGAUGCCCUGCAAAUAUCUGAUUUAGCCAGAGUAGAUGUUUUGGGUAUGACAGCUAUUGACAGUGAAGCUAUAGCAUCCUGCAAGACAGAAAGAGUGCAUUCUCAAACAGCAAAUUCUAUUAAUGAGCAAAAGGAGGACAUGUAUAGUGAGCUAUCUCUGCCUGUUAUAACAAGAAAAGAUAAAUUGCACAGCAACCGGGCAGAAUGUGAUUUUUUAUUGAGCAGUAGGAAGAGACCUAGAGAGGAGGCUUUCUCUGAGACGGAACUCGUGAUGUCUGAUCAAACCCUAAGCAAGUCCCCAAGAUUAGCAGAGAAUAACGACUCAGCGACGCCGGACGGAACUUCAGUGUUGGCAGAGGCGGAGGUGGAAGAUUUUGAAGAGCACGAGGUCAAGGUGGAAGAUUUUGAGGAGCACGAAGGACUAGAGGACUACACUUCAGACGAUUAUAAGCACUGUGACAAGAGUGUUCUGCAGUCUGCACAGUUUCCAGGCAGAUACAGUGACGCAGCAUACUCCAUUUCUAUAAAAGAGGAACCAAUCGACUAAAAUAUAUAAUAAAUACUGCAGUCUUCAGGCCCAAGUCCCACUAGCCAAACUCAUCCAGGAUCCUUGAGCUACGUCAGGCCACAGUUUUGCUUUCAUUAUACAUUUCCUUCUGGGCUUGAUGCAUCGGGAUGGAUUCGAACAGUUUAAGUGGUGAUAUAUGCAUGUAUGAUUUUAAAGUUUAAGAUUGCAGAUUAAACAUAUGGGAGAAGGAAAGUGCUAGUGGGAACAAGGCUUGUGGAAAACCAGCUUUAAAGAUCAGUGUAAUAGCUGUUAUUUAUCAAAACAUAUUGAAAUGUAAUUGUGCUACUGUGAUGAAAUGUCAAAAUUC